AUGAACGAUUACGGAAGACGUGUUAACAGUAUUAUUAUUAAAAAUUUACCAACAAAUUAUAAUGAAAGUCAACUUGAAGAACUAUUUUCGAAAUUUGGUCGUAUUGUAUCAAGUAAAGUUUUACCAAGUAAUCCAAAUUUUGAUGGUGGUUGUGGUUUUGUUAAUUAUGCUGAACCAGAUAGUUGUAAUAAAGCUGUUGAAACUAUGAAUAAUUUUGUUAUUGAUCGAUUUACUUUACGUGUUAAUCAUUCAUCAACGCGAUUGGGUAAUAAUAAUGAUCGGCCACAAAAUGGAUUUCGUAGUAAUGGUGAAUUACAUGAAAAUAAUAAUGGUACUUCAUCACCUGGUAUUCAAAAUCGAUUUAGUGGUUUUCGACCAGCUAGUGAACGUUCACCAACAAAUACAAUACGAUUAAAAACAAAUACUACACCUUUGAAUACAAAUGAAUCCGAUGCACCAUUAAAUAAUAAUAAACCAUUAUGGAAUAGUACAAAUAUUGAACAACAAAAUGAUAAAAAUCUAUUACGAAAUGAACCAAUAAUGAAUAUUCGUGAACAUGAUUUAUUUAUAUUAAAUAAAAGUUAUUGUGUUUAUUUAUCUAAUCUUGAAGUACCUAAUAUAAUAUUUGCAGCAACAUUAGAUGAUUAUGUUAAUGCAACAUUACUUAUAACACAAAUGAAUAAACAUGAACAACUUACAAAAAUUCAAGCUAAUUCUUAUAAAUCAAAACUUGUUGUUGGACAAUUUUGUGCUGCACUUUUUAAUGGCGAUUGGUAUCGAGCUCGUAUAUUAGAAGUUGAUGAAAAUCGUGUUCAUGUUCAAUACAUUGAUUGGGGAAAUACUGGUUGGUGUGAUUCAAUUCUUGAAAUUCGUCCAUUACCAAAUGAAUAUUACAAAGAUGCUGUUUUAUGUGUUAAAUGUGUUUUGGAUGAAAUACCAACUGAGAAUAAACCAACCGAUGAACAAACGAAUGCUAUACUUGAAAUACUUGUUCUUGAUGUUAAACUUGAAAUGACUGUAUUACGUAUUGAAAAUGGUAUUCCAUAUGUACAACUCAAUUUAGGUAAACGAGAUUUAAAUGCUGAAAUACGUGCAAUAUUACCACAAUCACUAUCAUCAUCAUCAUCAACAACAACAAUAGUUUCAGAAAAUGUAGAUAAUGAAAUAAUUAAUUUUGAUUUAAAUAAACCUGAAAUGAACAUAUCUGAAGUUCAUUCUGUACAAUUAACAACAGUUGAUGCAGAAUCUGAAUGUUUUCAUGUAUUAUUAAUGCGUGAUUGUCUUCCAACAAUUAUGAAUAUACUUAGAGAUUGGAAUGCUAAUAAACAACCAUUAACUAAACAGCCAAAACCAAAUAUGCUUGUUUGUGCACAAUAUGAAGGUGAUGAUCUUUGGUAUCGAGCGUGGAUUGAAAAUGUUUCGGAAAUUGGUUUUCGUGUAUAUUUUGUUGAUUUUGGUAAUGAAGAAAUUGUUUCAAUGGAUCGUCUUAGUGAAUGUCCAGAUAUUUUACGAAAUAUGCCAUGGCAAAGUGUACAAAUUAAAUUAGCUAAUAUUAAAUUAACUGACGAAGAACGUUAUAUACUUUUAAGAGAUUUUGAAACUGCUCGACUUGAUAUGAAAAUUCUUUCAAAAAAUCAAGAUAUUUAUUCUGUUGAAUUAAUUAGUAAUGAAAAAUCUCUUAGUGAAUAUAUAUUCGAAUUACGUCAAAACAAAGAACAACAAACACAAAUUACACCAAUAACUAACGAAGUACUAAAAGAACCAGUUGAAUCAAUUCAAGAAUCUGUCUCUAAAAUGGUAACACCACCACCACCAAUGACUGAUGAAAAUAUCUCACAAACAUUUAACGAAAAUGUUCGUUCAAUAUCAUUACCAGUUCAACCAAUAGUUAAUGAACCUCAAAGAUUUGCUGAAACAAAUCAGAGUGAUAUUUUACCAUCACCACCACUACCAUCAGCAGCGACUGUUACUACUAGUACAAAUUCGCCUAGUACAUUGAAUAUAGAGACUAAAACAUUAUCUACGAAUGAACUAAAUAGUGAUAGUAAUUUUAAUGAUAAUUUAACAACUAUGCUCAUUGAACAACGUCGACAGAAUCGUUUACUUGAACAAGUUAUUGCAGCAAUUAAUACAACGAAUGCUCUUCUUACACAACUUGUUCAACAUCAAGUAGCUAAUCGAGCCUUUUCAUCAGUCAAAAAUGUAAUUAGUAACAAUAAAGAAGUUAUUGUUUUGGGUCAUCGUAAUCCAGAUACAGAUGCUAUAACAGCAGCAAUAGUUUACAGUGAUUUUCUUCGUCGAAUGAAUAUUAAUGCUAAAGCUUAUCGUCUCGGUGAUCUCAAUAAUGAAACAAAAUUUAUACUUAAAACAGUUGAUAUUAAAGAACCAGAAAUGUUACCGGAUGAUAUAUCGAAUGGAACAGAAGUUGCUUUAGUUGAUCAUAAUGAAAGUCAACAAUCAAUGAAAAAUUUGAAAAAAAUGCGUGUUACUCAUGUUAUUGAUCAUCAUAAAUUAGGUGAUUUAACAAGUUCGGAACCAAUUUACUUACGUAUUGAACCUGUUGGAUGUACUGCAACAAUUUUAACAAAAUUAUAUCGUGAAAAUAAUUUGAAUAUUGAUCAAAAGAUGGCUUUUCUAUUAAUUAGUGCUAUUCUUAGUGAUACACUUCAUUUUCGAUCACCAACAACGACCAAUGAUGAUCGAAAAAUGUUAGAAUAUCUUAUUCCACUUGCCAAAAUAAAUGAUAUUAAAUCAUAUGCUAAUCAAAUGUUCGAAGCUAAGAGUGAUUUAAAUGGAUUUUCAUCAAAACAAAUACUUCUUCUUGAUUAUAAAACAUAUUCUUUCAAUAAUGAAACAUGGGGAAUAGGUACAGGUGAAACAUGCAGUAUGAAUAAAAUGCUUGAACGAAAAGAUGAUUUACUUAAAGAAAUGCGUGAAGAAAAGAAAAGAAAUAAUUUAAAAGGUAUUUUAUAUUCAAUUAUUGAUAUAGUUAAAGAAAAAAAUUUAACAUUAAUUCCUGAUGAUAUUGAAGAAAAAGUUGUACGACAAGCAUUUAAAGUUGAUGCUAAACAUCAUAUAGCUGAUCUUGGAUCAAGAGUUAGUCGUAAAAAACAAAUUGUUCCAGUACUUGAAGAAUAUUUUCAUCAACAAUCUUAA